AUGAAGGGAAAUAACUUUUACUUUUGCAAUUUUCUGACCGCCGAAGAAGAAACCGGUAAGAAGAAGCUCAAGAUAAACACCUGGUUCGGCAGCCGGAAAACAACCGCCUCCAUUCGUACCGCCCUUAGUCACGUGUCGAAUCUGAUUAACGGCGUUACUAAGGGUUACCGUUACAAGAUGCAUUUUGUGUACGACCAUUUUCCUAUCAACGCUUCCAUAACCGACAGCGGCACCGCCAUUGAGAUCCGCAAUUUCCUGGGCGAGAAGAUUGUAGACACUAAGUUGGCAUCUUACGGAUUUAAGAAGCCAUUGGAUGCUGUGGUUGAGCUUGCUCAAACAAUUAUGAGAAGUGAACUCGGUAAGAUCACUCUCGACAAGAUCUCUGAGUCAAGGGAAACACUUGAUGAGAAUAUACUGAUGAGUGGUUAUUAG